AUGCCCCCAAUAACGCUUUUGCCAAAGCUUGUAAUUGUCACCCUCUUCCUAGCCGCCUGCUACCAAGUCUCAACCUACCAACCCGUUCCCUACAUCAAGCAAGGCCUUCCUUCUGUCUUGACCGACCAAAAUAACUCACAAUGGUUCUCCGACGCCAUCAAAGCACCCCACGGUGACUCAAUAGACGACGAAUAUGAUGACGACCCCUCGAGUCCAGCCCACUCCAAAAAACCGACAAUCCCAGAACGCGAUUACAGUCGAACGCACAUAUCUUACGGCCAAACACAAUGCAUGCCACACUUCAACGCGCAAUGGAAACAAGCCGCACUCGACCGCAACGCUUCAUGCACACAACACGCACCGUUCCCCACCCAAGAAACUCGCCGAGUAGGCUUCGCAUCCAUCACCACGGGCGCAAGUGUAGAGUCCUACCAGCGCGCCAUCCUCACGCAAAUGUUUCACGCCGCCGUACACGACACCUCAGCCCACGUGCUCUGCGAAUCGCUGACGAGUGGGAUGUGGAACAAAAUCGCCUUUUUGCUGCACCUCGUCAUGACGGAGCUGCUGAAGCCCGCGAGCCAGCGUCUUGAGUGGAUGAUGUGGAUUGACCGCGAUGCUAUCGUGCUCGACGCCUGUCGCCCGCUCUCCUCGUUCUUGCCCCCGCAGGAUCCGGCGUUUGAUAAGAUCGAACUCAUUGUCAACGAAGACAAUUAUGGCCUCAACGCCGGCGUUUUCUUGUUUAAAGUCAGCACGUGGAUGGUCGACUACCUCAGCGAUGUGCUCGCGAUUCGCCACUACCGGAAUCCCGACACCUUGCCUUUCGCCGAGCAGUCAGGCAUGGCUGCUCUGAUGCAGGAGGAGAAUGCCAAGGGCCGCUUUGCCAAGGUGCCCUGGUACUGGUUCAACGCGUACCCGGAUGAAGAGGCCAGCGUGGAGAAGUACCGCCAGAAUCUGGAGCCCGAGGAUUUGGAGUUCUUCCGCGCACGCAAGGGGGAUUUCAUCGCGCAUUUUGCAGGAGAUGUGGACCGCGUGGUGAGGAUGGGGCAGUGGGAGGAUAUGGUGGAGGAAGAGGGAAAUGUGUGGGCUGGGGAGACGAAGCGCGAUAUCACUAGCGCUGUGGAGCAGUAUUGGCAGGCGUGGAGGAGUGGGACGUUGACGAUGAAACAUAUGACUGGCGAGGAUGAGGAGGCUGCAGCGUUGAGAAAGGAAAAGGAGGCGGAGAUGAGGGCGAAGAAAGAGGAAGAAGAGAAACAAGAAAAGGAGAAGGAAGAAAAAGAGAGAAAGGAAAAGGAGAAAGAGGAAGAAGAGAGAGAGAAGGAGAAGCAGAAAGAGGAAGUACGCCAAGACUUGGACCGGUGA